UUAAUUAUGCGGUGGCAAAUUAGCUAUCAGCUUAGCUCAUCAGAGUACACUAACUAAUUUAUUGCAAACUGUAGCUAGCAUGGGUAGCACUCUGAGCCACGUCCGCAUAUACAUUGAAAAAGGAAAAGUGUGCAAAUGAAGGAAAACAACAACAAUAUAUAUAGCGCGUGUGUGUUCCUUCUCUCUCAUCUAUUUUGGUGCUGCUAGCUACCUUACUCUCUCCUUUUUCUCUAUCUUGUUGGGUAGCUAGACCCUCCCCCCUCUCUUUCUAGCAUCCAUUCCAUUCCUUUCCUUGGUACUAGUACUCUUCCGCUUGAUUUCCCCAACUGCCGCUAAGUUUCUUCCUCCCACUUUCUCUUCUCUCUACAUCACCGGAUAUGAUCUGCCUUCCUGCCUUCCCUGAUUCAUCAAACUUCUGGAACACCGACCACAACCAGCUUCAGCUGCAACAAUUCGGCACCAACAAUCAUAGUACUACUACUUUUUCACCUGCUAGUCCUAGUGAUGGAGAAUGCAGCAACAACAACAACAACAACAACAACAACAACAACAACAACAACAACAACAACAACAACAACAACAACAACAAUCAAAAACGGUUCAUGGCCAUGGCCAAGGCCGGCUCCUGCGCUGCAGGGGGUGGCGAUGAUGGUUGCGGCGGUGUUGGGGACGGCGAUUGCGGUGGCAAUGGGAAAAGCAAGUCGAUGUCCAUGUCGGAGCGAGCACGGCUAGCGCGGUUGCCGCAACCGGUGUCGGGACUCAACUGCCCGCGAUGCGACUCCACCAACACAAAGUUUUGCUACUUCAAUAACUACUCCCUUACGCAGCCCCGCCACUUCUGCCGCUCCUGCCGCCGCUACUGGACCCACGGUGGCAUGCUUCGCAACGUGCCAGUCGGCGGGGGGUAUCGUCGCCAUGCCAAGCGCAGGGCCAAGCCCAAGGUGGUGUCAGACACCUCCCGAGCCGCUAUGGUAGGGACGUCUUCCGUGACAUCAACUAUGUCCAGCAGUACAACAUAUGUCACCGGCACCGGCACUGCACCACCCAGAUUGCAGUACCCCAUGUUUGGUAGCACGCCAUCGCACGAUAACCAGUUCGUCGAUAGCUUCGACCCAGCGAAUAUUGGUCUCAGCUUCCCCAUUAGGCUGCUCUUUGCCGAUAGCGAUGCUUACGCAAUGGACGACUGUGCGCAGAACCACCACCACCAUGCUCAUGGGAACGGGAUGGAGCAGUUGUCGGCAACGCGGAAUAGUUUCCCAUUCAUCCACGUGGUGGAUCAUCAGAUGUCUGGACUACCAGCUGAAGCAAUGCCCAUCACAAUGGCUGCGAUGGAGGGCAUGUUCCACCUAGGGUUACAGAGCGUCGGCGGGGCUACUGGCGACGAGAUAGGAGGCCAACAGUUGCACCACCCGCUGACCAAGAGAAACCACAAGCGCCAGGAUUACCCGAGCAGCAGGGGCAUGUAUAGGGACGUGGUCAAUGGCAAUUGCGGCGGCGAUUACAUUUAAUAUUCCAGUACUCGCAAUGCAACUUGUAAUUACCUAGCUAGUUAGAUCAAGAUUUGUUCUCAGAUUAAUGUGUGGUGAAAUGGUGUACCCUAUUGUAGU